CCCCACUUCUCCGGAACCAAGUCCUCGUCAACAUCAGUUUUUUGUCGGUGCCAGGGUAAAUCUCCUGAUACUCGUUUGAUCACUCCAUUACCCGCUUGAGGUCGACGAUGCCUGCUAAGCCCAUCGCCAAGCUGCCGCCUAGGAUCCGGCGUAUCCCUGGAGGAUGUGAAAAUUGCCGAAAUCGGCAUAUCCGAUGCGACAAAACUCUCCCCAGCUGUGCCCAAUGUUCCAAAAGAGGAUUCGAGUGCCCCGGCUACCCUGGAAGGCAAUGGCGAUGGCAACCCGGAUUUGCCCCAUCGUCACCAACAAACACAUCCGAGUUGAACCACAUCAGGGCUCUUGGACAGCCUUUAUCCUUUCCGAAGCCCAUCGCGAGUGAGCAAGGUACACAUAAAAUUAGCGAUAUCGCGUUCACCCACAAGUCUACAAUUACGACGUCACUUUCGAGUUUUAAUAUGAGCCUAUCCCAGGAAUGCCGCGAAAAGUACUUUCUGGAUCAUUACUUUAACCAUACAGCCAAUAUCAUAUCGAUGAUGACUGGCCGUACUAAUCCAUUUGGAGAGAAGCUAAAACCACACAUGAGUCACAACAUAGCACUCAAUUCGAUUGUGGUUGCCAUAUCCGCCCUACAUAUGGCGCAGAGUAACAUAGAUCAGGACGGGAUGGCGUAUGCAUGGCAUUAUCGCGCUAUGGCGAUGUCCAAAUUGCAAAAGGAUCUUGCCAAGCAGUCUGAUUCCUUGGCAGUCCUCACUGCUAUCUUGUUUAUGGGCAUGACUGAGUGCUGGUUUGACCCGAGGAGCAGCGGCACGGAACACCUCCAUUCCGCAAAGCGUCUCCUGCUCCGACGCCUCGAUUCGAACAAAAGGAUACCGCCAUUUUUGGCCUACUGUCUUUGCUGGCUUGAGACUCUUGCUAGCUUUGUGUCUGACAACGAAGGGCUCGUACAUUCCUCCCCGGCCAUCUACGAAGUGUUGUCUGCCACAGACAUCCAUACGGAACGCCGCAACAUGAAUAGUAGCAGUUCAUUCGAUCCUCUCGUCGGCAGUUGGGGUACUCUUAUGCCCCACGUCGGUCGAGUUGGCAGCAUUAUUCGCAGAUUACGAAAAGGACCCUAUACAGUGGAUCUGGAGGACCUAUUCGAGGGUGUUGAAAAGGAUCUUCUAGAGUGGGAGCCUCCCCAUGGGACCAAGAUACCUGGCUGCUCACUCGAAUGCGACUCUUUGAAACCGGUAUCCUUCAGUCCUAACGCUGACAGAUGUCAAUUACACGGCGAAUCCCGACCGGCUUUUUCUUCCACCCAAAACCACUACACCAAUGAGUUUUACAGCUUAGCCGAAGCUUACAGGUUCUCAGCACUGCUGAUACUGUACAAUUACAGCCCAUAUUUACGGGUCAAACGUUUUGCAUUAAUACCCGAGCAAGAUUCUGCAUCCGAUUUCCUCUCGGAGCUCGCUUGCUCAACGAUCGCUCUGUUGCAACGCAUCCCGUUGGGGAGUGCGCUUUGGCAUGCCUGUUCGAUCCCGUUAUUGACGGCGGGCCAGUUAAUGACAAAGUCUUCGGAUAGGGAAUUUAUUCGCUCAGUCAUGCGAAUGCUCACGCAAAAGAUACGAUUGCAUGCGGUUGAUAGUGUAAGCAAAUUACUAGAAGAGGUCUGGUCGCAGAGGGAUGCCGGGAUGGAGGUGUGGUGGAUGGAUGUGUUGGAUAGAACUGGUAGGCCACUACUAGUAAACUAACUCAUGGUACUACUCUCGAAUUUAUGGCCCAUCUAUACAAAGAAUCUCCGAGAUUCUAUGCU